AAUCGAAUGAAACAGUAAAAUAGCCGGUCGACUACAGACACUACCGUGUACUUAUUAGUGUGAUUCGUGGUGCAAAAUAUACUUUAUAUUCAGUAAAUAAAUAUGUCGGAAUCGGAAACUCCAACUACUAUCGAUAGUACGACAAAACAUGAGUCCCACGGUAGGAAGAGAGUGCGGCAUCGUAAAAAGCUUUUAUAUGAUAAAAUACUCAAGCAAAUGGAGUUCUAUUUCAGUGAUGCAAAUCUCACGAAAGAUAGAUUUCUCGGUGAAUUAAUUAAAACCGACCCAUAUGUGCCUAUAGAAGUGUUUCUAAAGUUCAAUAAAAUUCGCGCCAUGACGCAGGACGUUAUUGAUAUCGCGAAAGCUAUGAAGUUUUCCACAAUUUUGGAGUUAUCAGAGGAUAGGCAGAAGAUAAGAAGAAAAACUCCAGUUGAACCAUAUGAUGCAGAAUCCAGGACUGUGUAUGUGGAGUCUAUACCAGUGACCGCCAACCGGGACUGGCUUGAGAAGGUGUUCUCGGAUUAUGGGCAUAUUGCAUACAUUUCAUUACCCAAGUUCAAAAACUCACAGAGAAUCAAGGGUUAUGCCUUUAUAGAAUUUGAUAAAACCGAGGAUGCACAUAAUUGCAUAGUGGCCUUCACCAAGAUGGGUUGCAGACUGCCCACAAGCAUGCCACCCGAGGAACUCUCUUCUGUGAAAAUGUUUUCAGUUGAGGAGCCAGAUGAUAUUAAGGUAAAAGAUGAGGUAGACAUAAAAGGAGAAAAGCCAGAUAAGAUAAAAGAAGAAGCACACAUCAAAAAAGAAAAUCCUGAUAAGGUUAAAGAAGAAACUGGCAUUAUGGUGAAAGAACAAGAUAUCAAGGCUAAAGAAGAGGAUGAACCACCCAGGAAAAGAUCAAGGAAAAGUAAAGAUAAAAGACCCAAAACCUUAGAACUGAGGCCGGGGCAAGACUCAGAUUCUGAGAAAAGGGAUACCCCUACUGAUGAGUGCAAAAGUGUAACAACACCAAUAGAUGAUGUGCGCGUAAAAGAAGAACCUAAAGACGAAUUAACUAGCCACAACGAAUCUAAGGAUGAUGCAGAUUCGCCAACUAAGAAGAAAAACAAAAAAAAGUCAGCCAAAACUAAAAGCCAAACUCCAAAUGGGUUAAAUACCAAAGAAGCUCCAAAAGGAGCCCUGUGGGGCCUCCAAGUUUUGCCGAGAUCAGAAUGGAAAGCAUUAAGGAAUAAGUAUUUAACCCUGCAAAGGAAUUACAUGAAACAAGUGAAGUUAAAUUUGUAUAAUAGGAAGAAUUCCUAUUCAGCUAUACCCGAGCCUGCAACACUUCCAAUGGAAGCUGAUACCGCUUUAAAUCCCGGAAAAAUAAUCAGUAGUAAGCAUGUGACACCUCUGGAGAGAAUCCCAGGUGUCUUUGUCAGAGAGGUGCUGCCAGAACCAUGCUGUGAUAUCAGGCACACCAAACGAACGGUGCGAAGCAAUAUCCAUGCCCUGCAUGUGGAUGCAAAAGAGGGUCAGUCGGAGAUAAUCAUACGCUUUGAUUCAGCAAAAGCAGCGGACGAAUACUGCGCCAACUCCAGCAACCGCGCCUGCAUCCUGUCGGGCGCGGAGGAGGAGGAGCAGUGGGCGCGCGCGGAGGCGGGGCGGGCGGGGACGCGGCCGCGCGGCCGCGAGCGCCUGCGCGCGCGCCUGCUGCGCCGCGGCGCCGCACCCCCGCCCUCGGCCGAGCCCGCCUCGCCGCAGCCCACGCACACGCACAUCAGAUUCGACGACGAGUAGCGACGCUGUUAGUACUGAUACAGACUGGCCAAAACGAUUUUGUCAGUGGUAAAAGGCGACAAAUUUGAAUAAAGUACCUAGGCGCGAAGGAUUGAUCGCCCGUACAAAUUUUGUACUUCGCACCUUUAUAAUAUUUUAAACUUUCCCGUUUUGAACACAUAUUAACUCACAUUUAUAGACGGGUCUAACGCGAAUUUUAUUCAACCACCUCGCACCUUUGUCUUCUGACAAAUCGGUUUGGCGGACUAUUAUAUAGUUACAUAGUCUGGCGAACCAAAAACCCACGGAUUAUAAAUGGUCACAUCUAUUGGGAACACAAAAAGAUUCAGUAAUCUGUGAUUUAGGUAUGUUUCUUUUUAACGAUUACAUAUGUAGCCAUCUGCGUUAAAAUGGGCAUAUUUAUCCUUUUAUCCUCUUCGGUCAGUGGAAAAAACGCGAAAUUGAAAAUCUGUUUAGAAGAUAGACCCUUAGCGCCUAAAUUUUUCAACUUUGCCAUCUUCUACUGAAUAUGUUUUGGACACCUACCACCGGAGUACUCGGCCGACCAAAAUAACUUGUUGGUGUUUGUAUAACAGAUGCGGUUUUACUAUAUCCAAAAGUGUCAGCACUAUUGUUAAACGAAUAAUACCCACUUAUAUGUAAAGAUUCUUUCGAGCCAGUCGUUUUUAAACCCCGACGCAAAGAAGAGGGGUGUCAUAAGUUUGACUGCUAUAAUAUUAUGCGUCUGUCUUUGGCACCGUAGCGUACGGUUUGCGUACGGUUUUUAUUAUCAUUUGAAAGCAGUUUAUUAGCAGUGGGUCUUAGACAUAUUUUAUCAAAAUCGGUUCAUGCGUUGCGUUGGGGUCGAGUUUUUUAACUUUACUAUAGUUCGUUUUUUUUAGCAUUAGAAAGAAGGUAAGCGAUCUAGACAUGUCUUUUAAUUGAAAAACGCUUUUUCAAAAUCAGUAAGUACUUAUGAAAGCAGAAGAAUAUAAGUUAUCGUACUAGAUUGGUAAUUGUUACAUAUUUUCCGUGACUUAUUUUGUGUUUUUCAAUAAAAAGACACAUCAAGUUUGUUUACCUUAUUUCUAAUGCUUAAAAAAACGAACUAUAUUUACUUACUUUACUAUUCUAUAGUACAGAUACUUGAUUCCUUCAGAGUCGCCUUUGAACUACAUACAACGAGUGAGUUCAAGCUAAUGAAGUCAUUUUAGAAGCCUUUAGAAUACAACACAUGUAUUUUACAUUUAAAUAUCUACUGGAAAAUAGACU